AGGGAUACGCUUGCGCGCUGCGAGGCACAGCGGCCCGGACCAAAACUCCCAGGAUGCUAUGAGCACCGAUCCGGAACAACCGGAAGGCCACCUGGAGUGGUGAGGGCGGGUCCGUCGUAAAUUCCCGCCAGUAGUUGCGCGCGGAAGGGGUGACGUAUCAACUGGCUUACCAGUAGAAGACAGCGGGAGUUGGGUUCAGCGCAUGCGUCCUGUGGUAGUCUGGAAAGAGGAGCUGCUGGCGGGCCGAGCUGAAGACAUGGAACAGGGCUACGGAGGCUAUGGGGCAUGGAGUGCUGGGCCCACCAACACCCAGGGUGCAUACGGAACUGGCAUGACAAGCUGGCAAGGCUAUGAAAACUACAAUUAUUAUGGUGCCCAGAACAACAGUGUCACCACAGGAGCAACCUACAGCUAUGGCCCAUCCUCGUGGGAGGCCACUAAGACCAGCGAUGGCCUGGCAGCUGGGGGCCCUGCCAUGCAUAUGGCUUCUUAUGGCCCAGAGCCAUGCACCGACAAUUCCGACUCCCUCAUUGCCAAGAUCAACCAGCGUUUGGACAUGAUGUCCAAGGAAGGAGGCAGGGGCGGGAGCAGCAGCAGUGGGGAGGGCAUGCAGGACCGGGAAAGCUCUUUCCGCUUCCAGUCCUUUGAGUCCUAUGAUUCCAGGCCUUGCCUUCCUGAGCACAAUCCCUACCGCCCUAGCUAUAGCUACGACUAUGACUUUGACCUGGGGCCCGACCGCAACGGUGGAUUUGGUGGUCAGUACAGUGAUUGCCGGGACCCAGCCCGGGAACGGGGCUCCCUUGAUGGCUUCAUGAGGGGCCGCGGCCAGGGCCGAUUCCAGGAUCGGAGCAACCCCAGCACCUUUAUGCGCAGUGACCCCUUCAUGCCACCCGCAGCCUCCUCUGAGCCUCUUUCUACUCCAUGGACGGAGAUGAACUACGUGGGUGGGCGAGGCCUGGGAGGCCCCUCCCCCAGCAGACCUCCGCCUUCCCUCUUCUCCCAGUCCAUGGCCCCUGACUUCAGCGUGAUGGGCAUGCAGGGGGCGGGUGGUUAUGACAACUCUAUGCCCUAUGGAUGUGGCCGGUCACAGACCCGGAUAAGGGAUCGGCCUAGGUGGAGAGGGUUUGAUCGCUAUGGCCCCGAUAGCUUGGGCAGGAAACGGAAGCAGUUGCAGAUUUACGACGAGCCAGACACCAAACAGGCCCGUGCUGACAGUGAAGGAGAUUUUUCUGAAAACGAUGAUGGAGCUGGUGACUUCCGGUCAGGAGAUGAAGAAUUCAGGGGCGAGGACGAAUUCUUCGACCCUGGGAAGCAGAGAGGAGAGAAGGAUGAUGAAGAUGAUGAAGUAAAGAAGAAGAGGGAAAAGCAAAGGAGAAGAGACAGGAUGCGAGACCGAGCAGCUGACAGGAUUCAGUUUGCCUGUUCCGUGUGCAAGUUUCGUAGCUUUGAAGAUGAAGAAAUCCAGAAGCAUCUGCAAAGCAAAUUUCACAAAGAGACACUACGGUUUAUAAGUACCAAACUGCCUGACAAGACAGUGGAGUUCCUCCAGGAAUACAUUGUAAACAGGAAUAAGAAAAUUGAGAAAAGGCGUCAGGAAUUGAUGGAAAAGGAAAGCACAAAACCAAAACCAGAUCCUUUCAAAGGGAUUGGCCAGGAGCACUUCUUCAAGAAGAUAGAGGCUGCUCACUGCCUGGCUUGUGACAUGCUGAUCCCUGCACAGCACCAGCUCCUCCAGCGGCACCUGCACUCUGUCGACCACAAUCACAACCGCCGGUUGGCUGCUGAACAGUUCAAGAAAACAAGUCUCCAUGUGGCUAAGAGUGUUUUGAACAACAGACACAUAGUGAAGAUGCUGGAAAAAUACCUCAAGGGUGAAGACCCUUUCACCAGUGAAGCUGUUGACCCAGAAAUAGGAGAUGACAAUUUAGGAGGUGAGGAUAAGGAAGAGACACCUGAGGAAGUAGCUGCCGAAGUCUUAGCUGAGGUGAUUACAGCAGCAGUGAGAGCAGUAGAUGAGGAAGGUGCACCUACUCCAGAAAGUAGUGACAUGCUGGCUGAAGGGGAAGGCCCAGUGGACACAGCUGAGGACACUGGUGGCCCCCACCCCAAAGAGCCGCUGGAAGCAGAGACACCCUGUGGAGUAGCAUCUGAGAAGGGCAACACUGAAGCAGAGGCCAGAGGUAAAGCUGCUGAGGCCAUAGGCGAAGUGGAAACCCUGGCUACAGAGUCAGAAAGCACCUUAACAGUCACUACUCCUGCCGAAGCUGCUGCCAGAGCUGAAGUGGAACAAACUGAUGCAGAGUCCAAAGAUGCUGUUUCCACAGAAUGAUCCUCCUCUCCCUGUUUCAAGGGAUAUGUUAUAUAAUGCAUUAUUCUUUCUCCUUUGGUUUAUAAGCAGUACUAGGGUGUGUGUUACUGGAAUAUUCUUUGGUUAAGAGACCCAGCAAUUUCCUUCAGAAAAGUGUACCUCACAGGCUUAUCUUAUAGUUGUGUGGCUUUCUGCCUUUGAAGGCUGCAGGAGUUGUACAUUCCCCCAGGUGGCUGUGAUCUCUCUUUAUACUGCAGUUGGAAUAAUAAAAGUUGGGUAAUAUAGAUGUUGAUGAUAAUUUGCUUGUUAAAUACAGCCACUAGCUAAAUGCACCUUCCACCCCCAUAACUUUUUGGUCUGGGAGCAGUUCAGUAAUAGAAUAUAUUUUUGCUUUAUAAAGGCUUUUUUUUUUUUUUUUUUUUUUUUUUAAGUUUAAGAAUUUGUUUUGGCUUCAGUUUUUGACCUCUGCUUUUGUGGUGCACUGUAUGAUGUGUGGUCCUUCUUUAUAAGAUGUAGCAGGAUACUUUUAACAUGCGUUGUUGAUUCUGUCACAUCUGUGAACUCUCAAAAGGCCUGAGGAAUCUGACACACCUGCACCAUUGGAAGAAUACCCACUUAACCCUCAAGAAUGAGGACACUUUGCAUAGGGCAUUGUUUCCCAACCUUUAGUCCUUGGUGAAGCAGCUUUACAGUGUUUUACCUCAUUUGUGUUCCACCUGUGCAUUUCUUCAGGGUUUUUUGUUUUCCUUAAAUUGAGUUACCUCUACUUAAAUAUAUUUAAAAAGAACACCUCAAGUCUCAUGAAUGGAAAACCAAUAUAGAUUACCUUAGAUAGACACUAUCUGUAAAAAAUGAAUUUUAUUUCAGAUAAAUACUGUUCCUUUGGAGUAUCUGAAUUUGUGAGAGAGAAAAGCUAGCACGUGUUAAAGGGUAGUAAGCAACAGUUACACUUAAAAUAUUCAAAUGAGAGUUCCCGUCAUGGUACAGCAGAAACAAAUCCGACUAGGAACCAUGGGUUUCAGGUUCGAUCCCUGGCUUUGCUCAGUAGGUUAAGGAUCAGGCAUUGCCAUGAGUUGUGGUGUAGGUCUCAGACGUGGCUUGGAUCUAGUGCUGCUGUGGCUGUGGUGUGAGCCGGCAGCUGUAGCUCCGAUUCGACCCCUAGCCUGGGGACCUCCAUAUCCCACGGGUGCAGCCCUAAAAGAAAAUAAAUAUCCAAAUGAGUUGGAAGAUACCUUCCUUUUGAAAUACUGCUGGGUUUGUUUUUCUAUAAACCUUUGAAACUGUCACUUUGACAUUGGCCAGUGGGAAAUUAUUAGAAAAGAGGUAGUAAAAUACCUGAUGAGCACCUAUUGUGUACCAAACGCUAAUUCAUGAUAAAAAUAAGAUGGGCACUGCUCUCAAGGAGCCUUAUUAAAGAUGUGAAAUGGAUAUUUAUGAAAAAGUCAGUGUUAGUACUCAAAUAAACUGCUUAGCAAAAAAA